CCCUGGACAGGCUUCUUCCUUUUACCACGGCGGCGAGUUGACGCCAAGAUGCCUUUGGCAAAAGAUUUGUUGCACCCGUCUCCUGAGGAGGAGAAGAGGAAGCACAAGAAGAAGCGCUUGGUGCAGAGCCCAAAUUCCUAUUUCAUGGAUGUCAAGUGCCCUGGCUGCUACAAGAUCACCACAGUUUUCAGCCAUGCCCAGACUGUAGUGUUGUGUGUUGGAUGUUCUACUGUUCUCUGUCAGCCCACAGGAGGAAAAGCAAGGCUAACAGAAGGCUGUUCUUUCCGGAGAAAGCAACACUGAAGUGAAAAUUGCCAUUUGAGGAGGAGGAUGGGUAGGCUGGGCCACUUCCAGAGCUGGGUGUUGGGAUCCGGAGCAACACUGCUUUACGUUCUUUACCUGGGAGUGUCACUGCUGAAGUAGGAGGACUUGUGCCACUGUGCUUGUGGCCUUGACUCAUCUGCUUUAUGUAGAUUUUCGAUCCUCUUGCUGGUAUUGAGCUCUUUGUUAGAAAUGACAAAUAAAAUCACAUGAUGUAUUGACUUUUA